AUGGCUUACUUCCACCAGUUCGACUAUAUCUUCGCUAUUGCGAUGAUCUUCGCAUUCUUGGAUGCCUUCAACAUCGGUGCUAACGAUGUAUCCAACUCUUUCUCUUCUUCGGUGUCUUCCCGUUCUUUGAAGUACUGGCAAGCCAUGGUUUUGGCUGCCAUUAUGGAGUUCACUGGUGCCCUUUUGGUUGGUAACAGAGUUUCCGACACCAUCAGAAAAAAGAUUAUCCACCCUGAUACUUUCAACAAUGAGCCAACCGUUCUUAUGUUGGCCAUGGCUAUGGCCCUUGUUGGUUCUUCUAUCUGGCUUUCUAUCGCUACCACUAUUGGUUUGCCUGUCUCUACCACCCACUCCAUUGUCGGUGCCGUUAUCGGUGUUGGUAUUGCUACCAAGGGUGCUGACCACGUUAUUUGGGGCUGGAAGGGUUUCGCACAAAUCGCUGCUUCCUGGUUCAUUGCUCCAGCCAUUGCUGGUUGUUUCGCUUCCCUCGUUUUCUUGAUUGUCAAGUUCACCGUUUUGGAGAUCAAGGACGUCAAGAAAGGUAUCAGAAACGGUUUGUACGUCAUCCCAAUCUUGGUUUUCGUCACCUUCUCCGUUUUGACCAUGUUGAUCGUCUGGAAGGGUUCUCCAAAGUUGAAGUUGAACAACUUGUCCACCGGUACCACUGUUGGUGCUAUUUUCGGUGUUGGUGCUGUUGCCACUGCUCUUUACAUGCUCUUCGUUUUCCCAGUUGUCAAGAGAAAGGUUUACUACGAGGACUGGACUAUCAGAUGGUACGAUGUCUUCAGAGGCCCAAUCUACUGGUUCAAGUCUGUCGACUCCAUUCCACCAAUGCCUGAGGGACAUCAAUUGACCAUUGACUUCUAUGAGGGCCGUCGUGAAACUGACAACCUUAACACCAAGUCCGAGAAGGAAAUCCACGAGGAGGAGAAGCUUGCCGUCUCUUCUGACAGCGAGUCUGAGGUUCCUCAAAAGCCAAAGCAGACCACCAGACAAUACUGGUGGACUCUUCUCAAGGCCGGUCCAAAGAAGUGGCCUCUUCUUUUGUGGUUGAUUGUUUCCCACGGUUUUACUGUUGAUGUCAUUUCCGCUCAAGUUAACGAGGGUGGUGUUUUGGGCCAUGGUGUCAAGGAGAUGCACGCUAAGUCCAAGUUCUACGACAACAGAAUCGAGUACUUGUUCUCUUUGUUGCAAGCAAUUACCGCCUGUACCAUGUCUUUCGCCCACGGUGCCAACGAUAUCUCUAACGCUUCUGGUCCUUUGUCUACUGUCUACCUUGUGUGGUCCAACCAAAAGUUGAGUGCUACUCCUCCAUUGUGGAUUCUUGCAUACACUGGUGGUGCUUUGGUCAUUGGUAUCUGGACUUUCGGUUACAAGAUUAUGGGAUGUCUCGGUAACAAGAUGAUCUUGCAAUCUCCAUCCAGAGGUUUCGCUAUUGAGUUCGGUGCUGCUAUCACUGUCGUUAUGGCCACCCAAUUGGCCAUUCCAGUCUCCACCACCCAGUGUGCUGUCGGUGCCACUGUCUUUGUUGGAUUCUGUAACUUGGACUUCAAGUCCGUCAACUGGAGAAUGGUCUCCUGGUGUUACAUGGGCUGGAUCUUCACCUUGCCAAUCGCUGGUCUCAUUUCCGGUCUUAUCACCGCCGUCAUCAUCAACGCUCCACGUAUCGGUGUUGUGUACACCCCAACCGCUUGA